CCUAAAACCUUGCCUUCUCAUCCUAAAGUUUCCGAGAUGGUUAACGAAGCUAUCACCAGUUUGAAAGAACGAGGUGGUUCUUCGUUGCAGGCUAUCAAGAAACACAUCGGCUCUCACCACAAGGUCGAUUUGGAACGUCUCACUCCCUUCAUUAAGAAAUACUUGAAAAAAGCCGUCGUCAGUGGUUCUUUAAUGCAAACUAAGGGAAAAGGUGCCACCGGUUCUUUUAAACUCGGCGCAUCCGGCCAAAAAACCAAGGAAGGAGUAAAGAAGCCGAAGAAGGAAUCAGCAACCCCCAAAAAACCAAAAGCCGCAUCUGUGAAGAAAGCCGCAAAACCGAAAGCUAAAGCAGCAGCUAAAAAGCCUGUCGCUAAGAAACCGGCUGCAAAACCCAAGACUCCAAAAAAGCCCAAGGCUAAAGCUGCAACCAAACCAAAAGCACCCAAAGUUAAGAAAAUGAAGACACCCAAGAAAGCAUCCCCCAAGAAGGCAAAGAAAUAGAUACCUGAAAAACACAUUUAAAAAAAAAGGCUCUUUUCAGAGCCAACAAAU